CUUUCCGUUUUUGUGAAUGACAAACUCAUUAACAAUUCAUCAACACAACCUGUUCCAGCCGGCCCGUCCCCACGGCAACAGCCCCUUCCGCAGAGCGCUCAUUGGCUGGCCGAGAGAAUGUAUCCAUUGAGACGCUCGCUGUUUGUAUCCAUUGAGGAGCUGCCUCGCGCUGGGGGUGUGCUAAGGUUGAGUCUUAGGGACAUAUCACGGAGUCCGAAUUAAUUGGAUUUCAUUCACUGGGGAGGAACCAAACUGGGCAGCUUCAUUGAGAGAGAUUCAUUGAUUCCAGCAGCGAACCGCUGCAGCUGGGUGCAGAGCGACCGCCGGCUGCUCUUCUGUCUCGCCUUGCCCGGGCGCUAGCCUCGGCUUGGGAAAGGCGAGGCGGAAUUAAAGCCUGCUCCGAGAGCGCAGUCGGCCUAUGCCUGCCCCUCGGGGCGUCUGGUAGGCACCCGCCUCUCCCGCAGCUCGACCCUCAUGAUAGAUACGCUCAGACCCGCGCCCUUCGCGUCGGAAAUGGCGAUCAGCAAGACGGUGGCGUGGCUCAACGAGCAGCUGGAACUGGGCAACGAGCGGCUGCUGCUGAUGGACUGCCGGCCGCAGGAGCUCUACGACUCGUCGCACAUCGAGUCGGCCAUCAACGUGGCGAUCCCCGGGAUCAUGCUGCGGCGCCUGCAGAAGGGCAACCUGCCGGUGCGCGCGCUCUUCACGCGCGGCGAGGACCGCGACCGCUUCACCAGGCGCUGCGGCACCGACACGGUGGUCCUGUACGACGAGAGCAGCAGCGACUGGAACGAGAACACGGGCGGCGAGUCGGUGCUCGGGCUGCUGCUGAAGAAGCUGAAGGCCGAGGGCUGCCGGGCCUUUUACCUGGAAGGUGGCUUCAGUAAGUUCCAAGCCGAGUUCGCCUUGCACUGCGAGACCAAUCUAGAUGGCUCGUGUAGCAGCAGCUCACCGCCGUUGCCAGUGCUGGGGCUUGGCGGCCUGCGCAUCAGCUCUGACUCUUCCUCGGACAUUGAGUCUGACCUUGACCGGGACCUGAACAGUGCUACGGACUCAGAUGGCAGCCCGCUGUCCAACAGCCAGCCUUCCUUCCCGGUGGAGAUCUUGCCCUUCCUUUAUUUAGGCUGUGCCAAGGACUCCACCAACUUGGACGUGUUGGAGGAGUUCGGCAUCAAGUACAUCUUGAAUGUCACCCCCAAUUUGCCCAACCUCUUCGAGAAUGCAGGAGAGUUCAAAUACAAGCAGAUCCCCAUCUCGGAUCACUGGAGCCAAAACCUGUCCCAGUUUUUCCCCGAAGCCAUUUCUUUCAUAGAUGAAGCCCGGGGCAAAAACUGUGGCGUGUUGGUGCACUGCUUGGCUGGUAUUAGCCGUUCAGUUACCGUA